AUGGCACAGAAUACACAAGGAUCGAAAUCGAAAUGGAAAGUCGGCUCGUUUCUGCAGCAGGCAGUCGCCGGCGUGGAAUCCAGAUUAGAUAUGAUCUUGGCUGAGGAGGAGGACCAGAAACCGUUGACGAGGUCCACAUCGGUCAAGUCAAAGCAGAACGAGAGCUUAGGACAACAGGCGACAAGUCCCAACCCGACUACAAGCACUAUUUCGCGGAGCUCAUCCAAUGCGCGGAAAAAUGAUCGUCUACAUGAACGCUUAGCUCGAGCCAUGGCCAAAUCAAAUGCCGCCGGGAAUGGUGUAUCACAGUCACCUCCCGGCAGGGUCUCUUCGCCAGCCAGUUCCUUACCGAGUAACGGCACGCGGUCGAGUUUAGACAUUGAAUCAAGUAUUAUCUCGCCUACAGGGACCGCAGAAGAACGUCCGGAUAGCCCGCUUGUCCGAGAAGCAGGCUCGCUGGAACUACCGGCAGGCUCUAGGACAAGUCACGACUCUGGGGCUAUUUCGCGAAAUUCCAAGGAGUUCACCGCAUCGCAUAUUGACGAGAUUGUAUCUACAGAAGAGUCCAUAGGAUCCGAACAACGACCCUCGCAAGAACUGAGCACGGCAGAACAACAUGAGGCCGGCGAAUUUGAGAGCCCGCGAGUAUCGCAAGACUCGAAACAAGCCGGGAAAGACAUCGCGCCGGAUACAAAUAGCGAUAAUCCAGCCAUUGCGCAGCUACAGGCGGAGCACGAGGCAGCGCAGACCCGCUGGCAGGAGGAAUUGCACUUGUACAUUGAACGAAUUGAUGCGCUACAAUCCAAGCUAAAGUACCUGGCCAAAGAAGCAGCCGAGUCUGCUAGGAAAGCUGCGGCGAACGCCGAGCCUGGGAGUGUCGAAAAGCAGCUUCGUGAGAAGGACGAAAAGAUUGCGCUACUGUUUGAGGAAGGGCAAAAGCUCUCCAAGUCGGAGAUGGACCAUCGAACGGCGAUCAAGAAGCUCCGACAACAGCUGGCAGAUAAUUCGAAGAUACAGAUGGAGACUAAGAAGAGAACAGAGAAACUCGAACGGGACCUGGCGAAUUAUGAAGCUAGAGCAAAGCGUGCUGAGGCUGCGGAGAAACGGGCGAACGAGUCACUAUCCUCCCAGACAAAGGUCGCACGGGACCUCGAGGCCGUCACGAACGAGCGGAACGCAUUGUCUCAGACAGUUCAAGAGAUGAAGGCACAACUCGCCCGAGCGGUUGCGCGUGCCGAAGCAGCGGAGGCCAAAGCCACAUCAGAUGCUUUGGAGAAGGAGAAGCAGCGGACGGCUCAGUUGGAAGAGGAACUUUCGAGUGUGAAGACUGAGCGCGAGAUUAAUGAGGAAAAACUAAGGAGGGAAGUUGCAGAUCUUAAGGAAGGCAUAGAGCAAGAGAAGGAGAAGGCUAGGAUGCUUGAGGCCGAGCUUAAAGGGGAGCAGUCUGUUCUGGAAAGCAAAAUGGAGGCGCUUCGCUCUAAAGCAGAAGAAGCCUCGUCCGGUUCUAUCGGUGAAACUCAGGCCAAACUUUUACGCCAGAUCGAGACUUUGCAAACGCAGUACGCAGUCGCUAGUGAGAAUUGGCAGACCCUCGAGGGUUCGCUACUAUCAAGGCUAGCCAAUGUGGAAAAGGAACGGGACGAUGUCGCAAGGCGAGAAGGGGAAAUGCGACGGAAGAUGCGUGAAGUGAAUCUCAAAGCGAAGAGGCUUGAGGAAGAGCUUGAAAAUGCUAAGGAGACCCAACAGGAUCUGGAGAGCAAACUUGAAGGGCAUGUGCAAGAAAUCCAGAAGCUGGGCCAAAAGCUCAGAACAGCAGAAGACGACUUGGUUGCUGCGCAGAAGGACUUCGCUGAGCAGAAGAAGGUGUGCGAUGCGACAUGGGCUCAGAAACUUGAGGAUGAGAGGAUGAAGUGGCGAGAACACGCACUGUCCACUCAAAAUUCACUCCAGGAACCGCGUACCCAGUCGCCCGUUGCUCUCAGUCGUAGACCGAGCAACCUUGACACAACCGGGGCGUCUCUGUCAGACUACAGGCCGACGAGUCGCCGUUCUUCAACGCUCCUCACGACAUCAUCAGAGGUGGGCACUCCCCCGCGGCAGAAUUCCCUUCCUGUUCCCGUCUUAUCCCCACCGAUGUCAACAAGUCUGUCAAACCCUCCGAUCAUGGAGUCUCCUGUCAUCACCUUCGAGCCGGACGACUUCUUCAGCGGCUCCGCGACACCGGCUACCCCGUCCGCUUAUGGAUUUACCCCAAGUCAUCAUUCGCGAGGUAUCAACGACAUCAUCUCGGAGUCGACAGUCGGUGCUGGGCCAUCUGUUCAGCUGGUUGAGCGUAUGAGCGCCACAGUUCGCCGCUUAGAGAGCGAACGUGCCGCUGCCAAGGACGAACUUGCACGGAUCACCAGGCAACGUGACGAGGCUCGAAAGCAGGUUGUUGACCUCAUGCGAGAGUCAGAGGAAAAGAAGGCCUCUGAUGCUCGCGUGAAGGAACUGGAGACAAGACUUGAAGACUUGGACCAGCGCUACCAAACAACUCUGGAGCUGCUUGGCGAGAAGAGCGAGCAAGUCGAAGAGCUUCAGGCUGAUAUUGCCGAUCUCAAGAAGAUAUAUCGUGAGUUGGUCGAUAGCACCAUGAAAUAA